UAGCCAUUGGACAGGUGUUAGUUGUUGGUUCGCCAGCUUGGCAACAACUUUUUAAUCAUUAAAAAUAGUCUCAUCAAUAUAUCAAUGACUCAGAAAUACUGAGAUAAAAUAUUACAUAAUGAAGAAAUAAUUAUCAAUAAUGAAUCCUUCAGAAUCACGUCAGGAUUUAUUAGAUAAUGAAGCAAGGGCUCCUUCAGUGCAAUCCCUCAAUACUGGACCACGAGAAGCACCAAUUGAAUAUUCACUUGGUCCAAUUGAAAAACAUUUUCUUCUCAGUGCUGAACGAGGUGACUGUGCAACUGUUCGAAGACUACUUGAAGAGCACAAGGGUCAUCCUGAGAAUCUUGAUAUUAAUUGUGUUGAUCCAUUGAAUCGAUCUGCUCUCAUUUCUGCUAUUGAAAAUGAGAACAUUGAGCUUAUUAAAAUUUUAUUAGAUUGGGGUAUUAAAGUCAAGGAUGCACUUCUACAUGCAAUCAGAGAGGAAUAUGUGGAAGCUGUUGAAAUGCUUCUUGAUUGGGAGGAACAAACUCAUCAAGCUGGACAACCCUACAGUUGGGAAGCCAUCGAGUCAACUGGGUCAAACUUUACACCUGACAUCACACCACUAAUUCUUGCAGCUCAUAUGAAUAAUUAUGAAAUUAUAAAAAUUCUUCUUGACCGUGGUGCGACUUUGCCUUCACCCCAUGAUGCCAGAUGUGGUUGUGACGAGUGUGUUAGCUCAAGCGAUCAAGAUUCACUUCGUCAUUCUCGUUCACGCAUUAAUGCAUACCGAGCACUUUCAUCACCAUCUCUUAUAGCUUUAUCUUCAAGGGAUCCUUUACUAACUGCAUUUGAAUUAUCUUGGGAGCUUAGAAAUUUGAGUCACAUGGAAUCAGAAUUUCGUAGUGAAUACAAUGAAAUGAAAGAACAAUGUCAAGUAUUUGCAACAUCAUUACUUGAUCAUGCAAGAACAUCACAUGAACUUGAAGUUUUAUUAAAUUUCAAUCCAACUGGUGAAAAUUGGGAACCAGGAGAAAGACAAACGCUGGAUCGUCUUAAACUUGCAAUUAAAUACAAACAAAAACAAUUUGUUGCACAUCCAAAUGUUCAACAAUUACUUGCUGCAAUUUGGUAUGAUGGUUUACCUGGUUUUCGAAGACUAACUAUGAUUGGACAAUUAAUAAAAGUUGCUAAACUUGGUAGUAUGUUUCCAAUUUAUUCAUCAAUUUAUAUGAUGGCACCAACAUCAAAAAUGGGAUUAUUUAUGAAAAAACCAUUUGUUAAAUUUAUUUGUCAUUCUUCAUCAUAUGCAUUUUUUUUAACACUACUUGGAGCAGCAUCACAACGUGUUGAGUAUCUUGCUAUUGAAUUAUUGGGUCCUGAUUGGAUGAAAGAAAUGCUUAUUGAAUGGAAAAAACAUGAACGUGGUGGUAUACCGGGAAUUGUUGAAAGUUUUGUGAUUAUGUAUGUCAUAAGUUUAGUACUCCAUGAAUUGCAAUCACUUUGGUCUGAAGGUUUACUGGAAUACAUGUCAGAUCUUUGGAAUAUUGUUGACUUUGUGCAAAAUGUUUUCUAUGUAAUUUGGAUAUUUAUGAGAUUAACAGCAUGGUUUGUUGUCCAGCGUGAAUAUUGGAAUGGUGGUGAUCCUUGGUAUCCACGUGAUCAUUGGCAUGUUAUUGAUCCAAUGUUAAUAUCUGAAGGUGCAUUUGCUGCUGGAAUGAUAUUUAGUUUUUUAAAACUUGUUCAUAUAUUUAGUGUUAAUCCACAUUUGGGACCACUUCAAAUAUCACUUGGACGAAUGAUUAUUGAUAUUAUAAAAUUUUUUUUCAUUUAUACACUUGUAUUAUUUGCAUUUGGUUGUGGAAUGAAUCAACUAAUGUGGUACUAUGCUGAUUUAGAAAAAUCGAAAUGUUAUCAUUUGCCAAAUGGUGAUUUACCAGAUUUCGAUUCACAAGAAAAAGCUUGUUCAAUAUGGCGACGUUUCGCUAAUUUAUUUGAAACAUCACAAUCAUUAUUUUGGGCAAGUUUUGGAAUGGUUGAUUUAGUGUCAUUUGAUUUAACUGGAAUUAAAGCAUUUACACGUUUUUGGGCACUUUUAUUAUUUGGCUCAUACUCAGUUAUAAAUGUCAUUGUUUUAUUAAAUAUGCUUAUUGCUAUGAUGUCAAAUUCAUAUCAAAUAAUAUCAGAAAGAUCAGAUACCGAGUGGAAAUUUGCAAGAAGUCAUUUGUGGAUGAGUUAUUUUGAGGAUGGUGAUACUGUACCACCACCAUUCAAUAUGGUACCAACAGCAAAAACAUUUAAAAAAAUUUUAACAUGUGGAAAAGCUGGACGUACAACAAAAUCAUUUAUUCGUAAAUCACGUGAUAAAGCUCAAGAACGUCAUGAUACUGUUAUAAAAUUAUUAGUACGUCGAUAUGUAACAGCUGAACAAUGUAAACGUGAUGAUUUUGGUAUAACUGAAGAUGAUGUUAUGGAAAUACGUCAAGAUAUAUCAACAUUGCGUUUUGAAUUAGUUGAUAUAUUACGUCAAAAUGGUAUGAAAACACCAACACUUGAUGCAUCUGAAGCAGCAUUAUCAGGAAAAAAAGGACGUGUUAUGGAGCGUCGUUUACAAAAAGAUUUUCAAAUUGGUAUUGUCGAAGGUAUUGUUGCAUCAGUUAUACAAGAUCAAAAGGAGCCUAAAGAUGUAUUUAGUCAAUUGGCAAAAGCAAUUGGUAAACGAGGUAGUGAAAGUAAAAAAGAUUGGAAUGCAGUUGUUAGACAAAAAUCAAUUGUAAGUGAUCCAAUUGGUAGUAAGAGUGAAGCACUUACACGUCAAACAAGAAGAAGUCUUCGUCGACGACAAGAACAACAAACUGAUUCUGAUUUAGCUUCAUUAGAUCCAAAUAGAUUGGUUGAAUAUAAUCCAAAUUUAACUGAUGUUACACCGACAACUCGUGUUGCUUAUGCCAAGUUUAUCAUGGGAAGAGUUAAAAAUGUUAAAAUUAAUGAAGGCAAUGAAGCUGAUGGAGAAGAUAAAAAAGAUGACAACAAGGCAGGAGAUAAACCAAUGCCACCAAAACGUACAAGUUCAAAAGCAACGAUAAGUGAUGCUGCUGCUAGUUCAUCUAAUUCAUUUAAACGUGGUGUUUUAAAAGCAUCAUUAUCAGUAACAAGUCAAGGAGGAACAACUAGUGAUGGCCGUCCACUUCCUUCACCAAUUAAAGAAAUGCCUGAGAAUGAUUUAUCAAAUAAAAAGCAACAGGAUACUACAAAAUCAAAAGAUGAAAAAAUUGAUAAAAAAGAUGCUAAAGUUGAUGUUAAAGAAGUUACAAGUGAGGUCAAAGUUGAUGAUAAAAAUAAAACAAGUCAAGUGAAAUCAAGUAUAAGUCAAGAGAAACAAGGUGAAAAACAAGAAAAAAAAGAUGACAGUAGUAGUAGUAGUAGUAUGAAAAAAAGAAUAGAAAUUCCAAAGAAAAAAGAAUCUAGUCAAGAUAAAAAAGAAACAAGUGAUGAUAAAAAAGAUAAUACUCAAAAAAAACAAGAAGAAAGUCAAGAUAAAAAAGAUGAUAAAAAAGAUAAUAGCCAAGCUCAAUCAGGUUCAAGUCAAGAAAAAAAAUCAGAAACUAGUAAAGAUGUUAAAACAACAACAGCAACAACUAGUGAAAAACCAGAAGAGCCAAAAAAACCUGAAGCUGAAACAAGAGCCAGAGGAAAAUCUAAAGCAACUGGUCGAGUUGUUGGUGGCUGGCUUUAA